AUGUUGAGAGGUGUGGAGCAUUGUAUCCCAAAUUCCGACUACAGCUCUGUGCACGAAUCAACAAUAUCGUGGGACAUUAACGACCCAAAGCUGCCUCAGGAUGUGCCUCAGUUAGAUAGUUUCCAGGAAUGGACGGAUUCCUACGUGAAAUUUAUUUAUAGUGCUGAUGAUAAAAACGCGCAGAGACAUCAGAGCGGAUGGGCCAUGCGAAACACCAACAACCACAACUGCCACAUCCUGAAGAAAUCCUGCCUGGGAGUAGUAGUUUGUACUAAUGAUUGCUCGCUGCUUGAUGGGAAAAAGAUCUAUCAGAGACCUGCCAUCUGUGACAAAGCACGGCAGAAACAACAAAAGAAAUGCUGUCCAAACUGUGGGGCAUCCUUGAAUCUUAUACCAUGUCGAGGCCACGGUGGCUACCCUGUCACCAACUUCUGGAGACAUGAAGGAAAAUGCAUAUUCUUUCAGGCUAAAGGUGUACACGACCAUCCCAGACCAGAGACAAAGACAGAAGCUGAAGCAAGGAGGUCAAUCAACAAAAAGAGACCAUAUACUGAAAAUGGAUGCUAUAAAGACAAAAGGGAACUGCAGACUGCAUACAGCAACUCGAUCAUUCGAUAUUCUCAAGGUUCGUCAGAUCCUUGCAACGAAGCUGCCAGUCCCAAGAACCUCCGAGAUCAAUCACAACAUACACAAUCUGCAGUAAACAACGUGAACAAAAUGGUUUAUCAAACCUCUAAGCCCAACCUGGAUGAAUACAGCGAUUAUGUUUAUGAUAUGCACCUGCAAAAUCAGAACAGCACUUAUGUACCUGCUGCCAUGUAUCCCGUGUAA